AUGCGACUCAUCAACACUUCGUCUUUCGAUAUCGUCGAAUUUGCACCUGGUAGCGUUCCGCCAUAUGCUAUAUUAUCCCAUCGAUGGGAUGAAACGGAGCUUACUUUGCAAGAUGUGAAACAAAGUGAUCGCAAUCUGUUGCCUGGAUUCUCCAAAAUUCAAGGGUGUUGUAGCCAAGCUCGAAAUGAUGGGUUGGGUUGGGCAUGGAUUGAUUCGUGCUGUAUUGAUAAAUCCAGCAGCGCUGAGUUAUCUGAGGCGAUCAAUUCCAUGUUUCAAUGGUACAGGAACUCUCGGGUUUGCUACACCUAUCUUUCAGAUGUUUCCAACGGGGUUUCUGACAUACAGGCUGGUGGACCACAGUUUAUGGCUUCACAGUGGUUUACCAGAGGCUGGACUUUACAAGAACUUCUUGCGCCGAAGUACCUGAGGUUUUUUGACACUUCGUGGACUUUAAUCGGGCCUCGGAAUGAUUGGCAAGCAAAUGAUGCGAUUCUCAAACUUGAAAAGCUUAUUGAGCUGGCGACGGGGAUUAAACACCUGUCUGAUUAUAACAACGCAUCUGUUGCAUGCAAGAUGUCUUGGGCAGCUGGUAGAUAUACUACCAGGGAGGAGGAUCGUGCUUACAGUUUGAUGGGACUCUUUGGGGUCAAUAUGCCUCUUCUAUAUGGUGAAGGACCUAGAGCAUUUCACAGGUUACAGCUGGAAAUCUUGCGAGAAACCGACGAUGAAUCAAUCUUUGCAUGGGCAGAUCCUCAAGAUCUUAGCGGAGGACUUUUGGCACCUUCUGUGAAUGCGUUCAAAAAUUCGGGUGGAGUCGAACGAUUGGAGCACCCACUUACCCUGGAUGGUGGACAGCGUUCACAGUCUUACGAGAGACCUCCUUAUAGUAUGACCAACAAGGGAAUCCAUUUCCAAGGACGGCCUUUGGAACUGCUUGAGGAGAAUGAAAAUGUAGAUGGGGAAACUGAAAACGGAUCUUCUGCGUUAGUAGUUUUACCCAUCCACUGUACAGAUACUUCAAAGGGACACGGCAGACUGAUGUGUGUGUGGCUUGGAAGAGUCAGCACCGCAAGAAAACAAUGGAUGAGAGCAAAUUCGGACAUAUUGUUGUCCUUGAAUGAAAGUCAGCAAGCGUCUCUUCUGCGCGAAAAUCAUCAAGACUGGGAGAGUUUCUAUGUACGUCAACUUGGAAGAUAUGAGUCGCCAUUUCAAGGACCCUUUAAGAUCGUAAUAUUCAUCGCUGAGCUCAAAAAUCAAGGCUAUGAGUACAAACAUUAUGCCAUCCACGAAAGCUCAUUCAUGCAUGAUCGCUACAAGUUGACACAACUGCCUGAUGCGAUACAAUUCGAUAUCGAGUCACUUCUCAUGAGUGGCUUGACGAUGGCAAUUGUGUUUAUCAACGAGGCUGGCCAGACCUUCUUCCUGGUUGUCAAUGUUAUGGAUUUCCAGAUUUCCAUUGAGCUUUUAGGACCAUUCACGUAUCUUGGAAAGACUUUGCCUGGGCGGUCGAGAAAAAACUGGGCGAUCUUCGACGACUAUUUCCAGCAAGCAAGCUGGAGGACGCGUUCUAGAGAAGCAUCCAUUAGCUGGGACAGUGAAGGAAUAGAACUUGUGGCACAUCUUCAGCGGAUUUGGUCAGAACGAGAACAGGGUUAUCAUAUCUCAUUCAUUGUGAAAAGACAUUAA